AUGACGGCGGAGUCCAUCCCGUUGUUCUCCCCUAGGCGGGACAUUGUCGAAGCUCUUUCACGCUCAAAGGAAAUCGGUGGCACUGAGGUCCAUGCAGAGAGUAUCUCAUCCUUGGACUUUGAUCGCAGAAGAAGUAGAAGACACAGUAAUUUUGGUGAAGCCAAGCUGGCCAAAUACGGCAACCACGACACAGGAGUUCCUUCCUCUACAACACCUGGGCAACGAAUGACAAUGGCACAUUCCACAAUGGGCCAAAUACACAAUCUUUGCUAUUGGCAGCUACUUCUCUACCUCCACAAUCGUCGAAGCGGUAUAACCACAGAACUUGAACAAACCACCAUCUUCUUCAGGCUCACUGUCCGUCAAGUCCCAAUGUCUACCCAACCAACGCCUCCUCCCUCAUCGUCCCGAAGCGGACAUUGGGAACAGAGCAACAACAAAACACUCAAUACCACUCUCAGCAACACCAUCACCGACCCCGUCACAGCCGAACUCCGACCUUUGACUCCUUCCACGUCCCCCACACCCCCAGCCAACCCACUCACCGCGGCCGCCACCUCCGCCGCCUCAACCGUCAAGGACAUCUCGUCCAGCGCCGCAGAGACCGUCAAGUCUGCAACGGAGAGCGUGGUUUCUGCCGUCCAAGGAGCCGCGGAAUGGGUAGAGGAGAAGGCAGAGAAGCUGGCUGGCGAGGAGAGUGAAGCGGCGAAGGGGUUGGGACCGUAUGGAAAUCCGGGGACGGCUGUGAAUAGCGAUUUAGAUCCGUUGAGUGGUGGGGCGUGGUUAUUGCCGGUAAUUGAGGCGGAGAGGGCUGCCGCUGGGGAGGGGGCCAAGGAUGAGGAGAAUGAAGAGAAUAGCGAGGAAAAGCAGAGCAAGAAGGACAAAUAG